UCUCAUUCUCUUUCUUCCUCCAUAUCCACACACACCCUUCUCGUUCUUCCCCUUCCUCUCUGUAAACUCCAUACCUUCUUCUGAAUCUUUCUUUCCCUCCUUCAAUGGAAUCAUCAUCCAUCACAGCAACAACUAAAAACUCCAACAACAAGAGAACCAGAGAUGACUCGUUUGAAUUAUUAGAGUCUUCCCUGGAGACUAAGCGAAUCAGAGAAAACCUUCUCAUCCUUGACGAUGAUGAAUCUGAUGAGAGUAUUACUCAAGAUCUUGAUUCUGUCAUGAAGAGUUUUGAAGAGGAAAUUUCUCUUCCUCCUCCUGGAGAUAUGAAUAAUUUUGUAGUAGGUGGUGAUGUUGAUGAACAACCUGAUUUAGGUUUUUUAUUGGAAGCUUCUGAUGAUGAAUUAGGUCUUCCACCGUGUAAUUUCUCAUCGUCUUCUACAUCUACUGCCAGUACUGAAGGAGAUGCUGAAACGAAUUAUGAUAACAGUACUACUACUACCGUUGGAGGAUCAGAUCAAAUCUGGAGUUUUGAUGAUGAUCAAUUCCCAAAUUAUCAAGAUUUUGGAAUUGAUGAUGAGAAUUUACAACAGCAGAAUAAUAACAAUAUUAUCAACAGUGAUUUAUUAGGAGGAGAUUUUGGGGACGGUUUAUUUGAGUAUUCUGAUGUUCUAUCGGGAUUAUCUGAUUUCUCGGAUUUUUCAUGGAGACCUGAGACUCUUCCCGCUGUGUAACGGUUUCGUUUUGCUGUUUCGUUCCGGUGAUUCUGUAAAUCAGUAAAAGUAAAAGAGAAGGAAAAAUGAUGAUAUAUGUAGCUUAGAAAGUCCCAAAAAAAAAUUAUGUAGUAAAAUUAACAGUUAACUAUUAUUAAAAGGCAAGGCAAAACCCUGUUUUAACUCGUGAUAAAUUAUUUGUUACAUCAAAUUUUAACUUAUCGCCC